CGUCGCACAUUGUUUACGUAGUCCUGAUCCUUGCGAACGUCGACGAUUCUUUCGGAAUCAGAUAGCUAAACCAGUGCAGUAUUUUAGCAAUAUUUUUUAUCGUCAAAAUGAAGAAAGAACAAUUUCGACAAUUUCUGGCUGAGCGACUGACCGUGGCAGCUCUGGAGAUCUUUUCAGCGGUAGAGAAAACGUGGGACGGGUAUCAAGAAGAAAUAUGUCGUUUUAAAGAGGAGAAUGGUCGACUGCAACGGCUCCUGGACAAUGUUAAUCUGAUUCCCAAAAACAUCACCCAGCACUGUCUCUCAGAAUCCCCAAAUAUUAAAGUGGAACCGGAGCUGUGGACCAUUCACGACACAGAGCAAGAUUCAGACCUUACUGACCUUCCGCUUCCUUUUCCCCAUCUAUCAAAAGACUGUGAUCAAGAGGACCCAUCUCUGGUCUCUAUCGUUUACCAGCCUCGAACUGUGCAGAACAGAAUAGGGCAAGACCCAUUCCUUCCUGUACCAACUGUCUCGACUCACCGGGUCAAAGCAGAGGCUUAUGGAGAACCAGCUUGUGACUCUCAGCCCCUCUCUGCUGUAGCCCCGGAAUAUUCUACACCUCAGAGUCUGGAGAAGGACAGUGGAGGACUGCUAUCUGAACUACAUACCAGAAUAUCAGAGAAAGCACAGAUCUCAGUCAGCCAGGCAGAUUCUGGAAACAUCUACAGCAUGAAUAGGCCAGUUGAAUGUCUGCUGGAAAAGAAGAAAACGGUUAACAUCACAUUUUGCAGUAAACGUUACAACACAGGUUCUAAACUACAAAUAAAUGCUCAAAGUCAUUCUGGGGGACUACACCAUCAAUGCCAAAAAUGUGGCAAAUUGUGUGAAACGAAAUAUAGCCUGAAUGGUCACAUGCGGACACACACCGAUAACUUUAUUCAGCAGUCUGUUCUUAAAAGUCAUUUAAAUUCACACACAGGAGGAAAACCGUAUCAGUGCCAAGAGUGUGGCAAGUCGUUUGGUCGAAAUGGAAGUCUCAAAGAUCAUUUGAGGAUACACACCGGAUUGAAACCAUAUCAGUGCCAAGAAUGUGGCAAGUCCUUCGGCCGAAAAGGUAGUCUUAAGGAUCAUUUGAGAACACAUACUGGACAGAAACCGUAUCAUUGCCAAAAAUGCGGAAAGGCCUUCUGUAGAAAAAUUGACUUAAAUCUGCAUAGUAGGAAGCACGUAAAUGAGGCACCACAUCCAUCUGUUGAAAUUGCCUUAUAGGUAGACCAUGGAUCAGUUGUCAUGGAUGGAAACCAUCACAAGAUUCAGGUGUAAAAACGUGUUAAACUGUCUUUUCCCAAGUCCCUGGUUUCUUAAACCUGUUAUCAAAGCAAGUGUGUGUUGAUGUGUAGCCUUCUCUGUGUAUUGUAAUUUGCUUUUGUAAAUAUGUAACAUUGAUGGACAGGGUUCCCGUGGGGUCUUUAAAAGUCUAAAACUCUGAACUUUAGGCCUUAAAACGUCUUAAAAACGGCCAGAUUUUCAUCCGAGGUCUUAAAAUUCUGAGAUUAACAAGCGUUUGUCAGAGAGGAGAGACAAUAUUUAUGAAACUAUGUGAAGGUGAAGUCCCACAUCUCACAUGACCACAAUGUAACUUAAGUUAAAAUAAACUAUUUAAAAUUAGGAUUUGAACCCAGGCUGUUGCGGUACUGCCCCAGCAUGUCUGAAAGAACACGCACACUAACCCAGUGAGUUAGUUUUUCA